AUGCCUCCCCCGCCGCAUCAGAAGCCCGAAAAUGUCCUCAAGCGGGCCCAAGAGCUCAUCGGGGUCAACCAGGCCCCUGCCGCCCUGAGCUUACUGCAUGAGCACGUCACCUCGAAGCGCUCCCGCAAUGUCCCCAUUACCUCCCUCGAGCCGGUUAUGCUCCUGCUCGUCGAGCUGGCGGUCGAGCAGAAGAAGGGCAAGCUCGCCAAAGAUGCCCUCUACCAGUACAAGAACAUCGCCCAGAACACGAAUGUGGCGACAAUAGAGCUGGUCCUCAAGAAGUUCAUCGAGCUGGCCUCCGAGAAGGUUAAGGCCGCCCAGCAGAAGGCCGAGGAGGUUCAGUCGAGCAUCGAGAGUGCCGCUGUCGAAGACCUCGAGGCCAGCGAGACUCCCGAGUCCAUCCUCCUCGCCACCGUUUCUGGCGAACAAUCCAAGGACCGUACCGAUCGCGCCAUCGUCACCCCUUGGCUUAAGUUCCUUUGGGAGGCUUACAGGACUGUCCUUGAUAUCCUCCGUAACAAUGCCCGUCUCGAGAUCCUCUACCAGAGCACGGCCAUGCAGGCCUUCGACUUCUGCCUCAAGUACACCCGCAAGACCGAGUUCCGUCGUCUCUGCGAGCUGCUGCGCAACCAUGUCCAGACUGCCGCCAAGUACUCGGCUCAGAUGCAUGCUAUUAACCUGAGCGACCCGGAUACUCUCCAGCGUCACCUCGAGACCCGUUUCCAGCAGCUGAACGUGGCUGUUGAUCUGGAGCUAUGGCAGGAGGCCUUUCGCAGUGUAGAGGACAUCCACACACUGCUCACCCUCAGCAAGCGCCCUCCCAAGAACAUCAUGAUGGCCAACUACUACGAGAAGCUUACCCGCAUCUUCCUCGUCGGCGAGAACUAUCUGUUCCAUGCUGCCGCUUGGCUGCGGUAUUACAACCUUCUGCGCCACUCUGCUGCCCUGCUGGCUACUGGCCAGAGCAAGAAGGCCGAUAACCCGCCUGCCACUGAGGCCGACCUGCAGAAGGCCGCUACCUUCGUCGUGCUCUCGGCUCUGUCCAUACCCGUCAUCAGCACCUCUCGCUCGCGAGGUGCCAUGGUCGACUUCGAUGAGGCUCGCAAGACCAAGAACUCUCGCCUCACCCACCUCCUGGGCAUGACCCAGGCCCCUACUCGCGCCAGCCUGUUCCGCGAUGUUCAGUCCAAGUCUCUGCUCCGUCGCGCCCAGCCCCAGAUCCGCGAGCUGUACACCAUCCUGGAGGUUGAUUUCCAUCCUCUCUCCAUCUGCCAGAAGAUCUCCCCCAUUCUCAAGCAAAUUGGUGCCGACCCGGAGAUGCAGAAGUACAUCGCUCCUCUUCAGCAGGUUAUCCUUACCCGUCUGUUCCAGCAGCUUUCUCAGGUCUACGAGACGGUCGACCUUUCGUUCGUCGAGAGCCUGGCCCAAUUUCCCGAGCCGUUCCAGGUCAGUCGUGGCAUGAUUGAGAAGUUCAUCAUGAACGGCAACAAGAAGGGUGAUCUGUCUAUCCGUAUGGAUCAUGCUACUGGCGUUCUUAGUUUCGACGUUGACGUCUUCUCCUCGGCCCGCGCUGCGCACGCCGGAUCCGCUGCUGGUUCCGCCGAGAGCGAGACUGGCUCCGUCCAGCGUCUCCAGAGCACUCCUUCCCAGAUCGUUCGCUCUCAGCUCACCCGCCUCGCCGAGGCUCUGUUUACCAGCUGCCGUUACAUCGACCCGUCUUUCAACGAGGCCCAGAUCAAGGCUCGGGAGGCUGCUCUUGCCCGGGCCAAGGCUGGUGCCGAGAAGGAGCACCUCGAGGUUCUCGCCAGGAAGGAGAUCAUCCAGAGGCGCAAAGAUCAGGCUUCGGAGGCUCAGGCCCAGCGCGAGAAGGAGAAUGCUCGGAGGAAGAUGCUCCAGGAGCAGGCCCUGCAGCAAGCCGAGGCUGCUCGCUUGGCCGAGGAGGCUCGCAUCCGCGAGCAGAAGCGUCUGCAGAGCGAACGCGAGGCCAUCAAGCGCAAGGAGGUCGAGAACAUGCUCAAGGACAUGAAGCUCGACUCGGUAAACCUCGAGGACCUCGAGAACCUCGACAGCAACAAGAUCCGCAUGAUCAAGCUGCAGCAACUCGAGCGCGAGAAGAACACCAUUGCCGAGAAGCUGCGUAUCACUGGCAAGCGUCUCGACCACCUGGAGCGUGCCUACAGGAGAGAAGAGGCCAAGAAGCUUCCCGAAGAUUAUGCCAAGCAGCGCGAGCGCGAUCUUGCCGCGUACGAGGCUAUGAAGGCCCGGACCCUCAAGGAGGCCGAGCAGAAGCACAAGGAGGAUCUGGAGCUCAAGCAUCGUCUCAGCCGCCUCAUGCCCUUCUACGAGUCCUUCCGUGCCGAGCUCCACGAGCGUCGUCGCGAGCAAUUCGAGAAGCGCCGCCGCGAUGCCGAGCGCGAGUUCGAGAAGGCCGUCAACCAGCGCCGGAAGGAAUAUCGCGAGCGCAAGCUCCGCGAGAAGCGCGAACGCGAGGAGAAGGAGCGUGCCCUCCGCGAGGCCGAAGAGCGGGCUGCUCGCGAGAGGGAGGAGGAGAGGAAGCGGCAGGAGGCUCGCCGGGAGGAGCUGCAGAGGCUGCGCGAGGAACGCGAGAAGGAACGCGAGCGUGCCCGCGAGGCUGCUGCUCGACAGCAACAGCGCGAGGAAGAGGCCAUGGCCCGUCGUCGCGCCGAGAAGGAGAAGCAGGCUGCCGCCGCCGCUGCUGGUUCUCUGCCCAUCCGCGAGCCGCAGCCCAUCUCUACCAGCGGUCCACCACGUCUUAACCUUAUCGGUGGCAAGACUCCCACAUGGAGAGAACGUGAGGCGGCCAAGCAGGCCGCCGCUGCUGGCGGCGCCGCUCCUCCCUCGGAGAACAACACGCCGCCCCCGGCUGCUCGGCCCACUCCCCCGCCGAUGGAGAGGUCGUCGUCGUCCGACGUGCCGUCCGCCGGUCCUCCUCGUCUCCCUCUUGCCGGUGCUGCCAAGCCCGGCGGUUGGCGCGAGAGGUUGGCGGCCAAGGAGGCGGCCGCUAAGGAGGCUGCUGCCAGCGGCAACGCUCCUCCUCCGGGUCCUCCUCCCCGCACCGGCUCCGGCCGUGGCGUGCCCCUCGACCGCACCGGCUCUGGCCGCGGUGUGCCCCUCGACCGUGUCGGUUCUGGCCGUGGAGGCAGCAAGGAUUCCAAAGAGCCUGCUCCGGAGCCGCUCAAGCCCAGUGGCGCUCCCGGCAAGUGGGUGCCCAGGUUCCGUCGGGAGAAUGCUGGCAAUUAA